AUGACCGCAACUUCAUCGAAUGUACAAGUGUCUGUUUCGUUUGGCAAGUUUGAGAAUGAUGAUUCACUUUCAUGGGAGAAGUUUUCAUCAUUCUCUCCAAACAAGUACUUGGAAGAAGUGGAGAAGUUGCACACUCCAGGAUCAGUAGCUCAGAAGAAGGCUUACUUCGAAUCACAUUACAAGAAAAUCGCUGAAAGAAAAACCGAGAUCAUGAUGGAGGAGGAGAAACAGUUGGAGAGUAAUGCAUCUUUCAGGUCUAGUAGUGUUCAGAACCACAGAGAUACAGAGAGUGCAAAUGAAGAUGAAGAUGGUUCGGUUAUGAUCGAGUCUAGUGCUUGUUAUGGAUCUAAUGGAGAAAGUACUUCAGAAGAAGAUAAGCUUGUGACCAGCAUUGCUUCUGAAGUGAAAGAGACUUGUAUAAAUGAGCCUCUUCAAGAAACUGUGCAUUACAAGGAAUGUCAAAGCUCGGUUGAUGCAAGGGAGGAUCUGAAUACCCUGAAGUUGGAGAAACUUGAAGAGAUUGUUCAAACGGAGGAAAAAACAGAGUUGAUUGUCCAAGUGGAGGAAGCAAGGAAACCAGAAGAGGUUGUUUGUAUGGAGGAAGAAGUAAAAGAAGUUACACUAAUGAAGGAGAAGAAGAAAGAGAGAGAUCAGAAUCUUGUCAAGAAGACAGAUAAAAAUGUGCAAACAAAUCAUACAAGAGGCUCUCUCAACCCUGAUCAGGUGACCAAGAAACCUGUAGCGAGCAAGAUUGUAACUCCAAGAGUAACCAAGAAACCAGCAGCGAGCAGGAAAACUCAACCAAGCAUGGCAAAGGCAACAAAUAAAGCAGCAUCACCUGUCUCAAGAGCCCCUAGAUUUUCAACUUCUGAUCCUACUUCUCUUGCUACCACCAGAAGGUCCUUGUUUAUGGAACGAAUGGGAGAUAAAGACAUCGUUAGACGUGCUUUCAAGACUUCUCAGAAGAGUUUCGACCAUUUGAAACCUUCUGUUGAUAAGCAAGAUACAGCUCCAAAGCAGGUUCCUGCAAAGACAAGUACAGUUUCGACUUCAGCUACUACUGCUCAGAAAGAAAAGGGCAGGCUUGCGAAAACAGAUGGCACGGAGAUAAAAAGUUCAAACUCUCACCGUUCUUCAUCUUUUGUACCUAAAAGCAACGGCGCAGCCAAGAAACAGGAGAUAUUCAGGCCUGGAGCAAGAUCUGUAGAGAGGAUACGAUUACAGGCCAAACCAAAGGCAGAAGCAACCAAUGCCAAAACUCGGAGGCAAAGUCUUGAACCUAAAGCAAAAUCCACACAAGGAGCUCUUCCAAAAGGCUCUUUAGACAAAGACGGAGUACCAUGA